GGGAGACCAAACUUCCUGCUAAAGCCUGACGACAUGGCAUGGGGGUGGGGGCCGGAUAGAGAGAAACCAUCUGCCGGCGGAGACCCGGGGAACUAAAUGAUUGCUGUCCCUGGUGGCCAUGGGGAAGAAGCUGGUGAUGGCCCAGAAGCGUGGAGAGACACGAGCCCUCUGCCUGGGAGUGACAAUGGUAGUGUGUGCGGCCAUCACCUACUACAUCCUGGGUACCACUGUGCUGCCCCUCUACCAGAAAAGUGUGUGGACCCAGGAAUCUACCUGUCAUCUGAUUGAAACCAACAUCAAGGACCAUGAUGAGUUGGAAGGCAAGAAGGUGCCCCAGUACCCAUGCCUUUGGGUCAAUGUAUCAGCUGUGGGCAGAUGGGCCGUGCUGUAUCACACAGAGGACACUCGGGACCAAAACCAGCAGUGCUCCUAUAUCCCUGGCAACCUGGACAACUACCAGAUGGCCCUGGCUGACGUGGAGAAGGUCAGAGGCAAUUUCCAUGAGCACCAGACUUUCUACUGCUUCUCUGCACCCCAAGUCAAUGAGACCACCGUUGUGUAUCGGCGCCUCUAUGGGCCUCAAGUCCUCCUCUUCUCCUUCUUCUGGCCCACCUUCCUGCUGACUGGUGGCCUCCUCAUUAUUGCCAUGGUGAAGCUCAACAGGUCCCUAUCCAUCUUGGCAGCUCAGAGGUUUCCAGCAGGAGAAAACUGACACAUCCUUCCAGAAGAAUCAGUAUGUAGGGAUGCCUAGCCUCCCCUGCCUGAUGCAUUAGUCAUGAUGACCUUCAUUUUCUCUUGAAAAACUGCUGCCCUCCUGUCAGCCGGAUGGCCUGCUCCCAUCAAAUUCACACCCAUCUAUGUUUGUGGAACUGCGUGGCCAGCCUGCGUAUGAACAAUGGGCAUUUGAGUGUGGCGGAGUCAGAUGCACAGCAAAGAUGAUCUUGUCAACAAUGGCUGCCUACAGACAGAGAGCCCUCCCUCACCCAUCCCGGAUCAGUCACUGCUGAUGAGCAUCAGGUGCUUUCUGUACCUUUGCGUUGAUCCUCACAGGCCGCGACUCACACCUGCAGAGGUGUACCUGGUCUAUUCCUCAGCUGGCCUUUGCCCCCAAUCAGACACCUCAUGGAGAUCAGAGACAAUAGGACCCCGAGAUGCUGAUUUGAAGUGGAAAGAAUCCUUGGGAGACACCCUAGUAGUGCCAGGCCUCAGAUGGCUUCAGCUCUCUAGCCAAGGCCGUGACUCAAAGAAAGUGGGUCUCUUCUGUUUUUUGAAGGUUCCCAAGGGAAAAGCUCUCUUCCUCUGCUCUCUGUAAAGCUGGAAGGCAGGGAGGGGAAAGAGAUGAAUCUGAUACAUGCUUGCCUUCAGGGGGCUGUCUUUCUUCUUGCUCUGUCCCCCAUUCUAUCACCACCAUUAUUAAGGGUGAGAAGGAACCUGAAGGGUGUACAUUUCAAAUCCUGUAACCUAGAAACCUUCAUUUUUGUGAUCUGCUGAAAUAAUCUCUGUUUCCCUCUAAACCAACAAGUUUCAGCCCAAGUUCUCCUGCUGUUAACCCCCUUAGGUCAGCCAGUUGCAAAGUUACCACUGAUAUAACAGGUGGUUGGUUAAAAUGUCUAGUACCCUUUUAUUUCCUCUUGUUUUUGGAGGAAUUUGAAUUCCAUGAAAUGUUUGGGGAGAUGCUGUUUGAACAAGUGAGGCCAUCCAGUUCCUUACCAGCUGAGGUCCCUUCACAAGCAGAUGAAGGAGAAGCGGCAGAUGCAGGUCAGAGGCACGGAUCCUCCCUAGAGUGAAGGGCAGCUGCCCUUAAACUGGAGACAGAGGAGGCCACUACCCUUUGGUAAGGACACUGAGACAGAAAUUACAUCUUUUCUUACUUGUUCUCCUAAAAACGUGGUCAGAAGUUUCAGAUCAAGAGAGUGAGAUAUACCCAUCAUAGUCAAUCAAAUAUAUAGCAUUGAUUGGAGCCCAGCUGCUUGGUUAACUAGACAUUAAAGAUAUCUUCAAAAAAUAUAUAACAGAGGUGUGAGAGAUGGCUCAGUGGUUAAGGGUGUGUGUUGCCCUUGUAGAGGACCAGGAUUUGGUUCCCAGUGCCCACGUCAGGUAACACACAACUCCAGCUCCGGGGGGAUCUAACACCUCUGGGUUCCAGGGGCACCUGCAUCCAUGUGCACAUGUCUACACUUAGACACACACACAAUUAAAAAUAAAAAUAAAACUUUUAAAAUGUAAAACAGUGGGAUUUCUCUGGAUAAAAUUUUGUAGGAUGAAAUUAUUUUUCAUAAAAUGUUUUUGUAACAUGCAUAGAUUUACUAUUACU